AUGACUACUCAUCUCGGCAACAAAUCUAUACACUCGUUCGAUAUUGAUACUGAAAUUGAAAGAUUGGCGGUACAAGAACUUGUAACCAAACGAGCGCAUAGGCAACAUCUAUUAGCAUCUGAUGUAUAUUGUCUAACAGCAAAAUACAGACCAUUACGACCGUUACCAAGAAUAACUAUUCAACAUUCGACAAGUUCGAAUAGCCAAAUGCAAGCGAAAUCGGUUAGAACCAUAGCUGAUAGACAAGCAUCAUUCUAUUGCAGCAGUUGUCAUCAAAAUUUGACUUCAACAAGAUACCAACCAUCUACAAUUCCUUCUGCUCAGCAAGAUUAUCAUUUACAGCUGAAUUAUGAAUUAUACUAUUCGCAGAAACCUUACUUGAAAAGACGAUUCAAUUAUAAGCAACGAUGGAAAAUUUAUGGAAUGAUUUUCAUCUUCUAUUUUAUGCUGAAAAGAAAGUUACGUAUAGCAAAGAAGAACGCGAAUUAUUACGAAUAUGAUUAUCAUCGCAUUCGAUUUCUGGAACUCUUAACUGUUGUGCAUCGUGUUUAUCUCGAUCCGAACUGUUCGAUCUAUCAAACUCUAUCCCAUGUUGUUAGAAACUCAACACAACUACUCGAUCAAACAAUUCUAUUUCAUUGUGUUCAAGUCAUUCUCGAUCAAAUAACAAAUCUCAUACCAAAAGAUGGUCUUAUCGGUACGAGUAGUAGAGAAUCUGUUUUCAUCUACUUACUCGACUGUUCACUUGAACAAUAUCCAACGGGUUACUUUUGGUCGAUCGAAAAGCACCUUUUAUCAUUAAGUUACGCUAAAAUGAGAGAACGUGGUUUCAAACAAUUAGAUCAUUUCACGACGAAAUUUCUUGUCAUUUCAGUAUUCAUCUAUCGUGGAUUGAUUAAAACUCUACUGUUGAAGCCCGUCAAAUACCGAUUAAUACGUGGUCAACUCAAUCGUACACAAUGGUUGAAUAUUCGAUUAUUAUCAUCGGUAAUUCUCUAUAUUACGCGUCAUGCUAUCAUCUACAAGGAACAAAAUAAUCAGUUGCCAAUGCCAUUUCCGAUUGAAAUGAAGAAUUAUCUUAUGGAUGAUGCUAAAUUGAAAAAUAUUUUCAAAACGAUUGAUCAAUUAGUUGAAUCAACUGCACCGGAACUGAGCUCAUGGGCAAGUGAAUAUGCUGAUCGACUACAACGUUAUUUAGUAUCGAUGAAAGCAUAUUAG